AUGACAAUGGGCCAUGUGUUGACCUUUGACAGAGACGCGGAUUCUUUUGUGGAGGAAGACAAGGAGCUUCAGUCCAAGUGGGCUGCCAUAGAGAAGCUACCAACUUUCAAAAGGAUCAAGACUUCUUUUGUUGAUAUCACUCAGGAGGACAGUACAAGCAGCAAGGCCAGAGAAACAGUGGAAAAGUUUGGAGCUUGGAGAAGCAGCAGCAAAAGGGUGGUUGAUGUUACCAAGCUUGGAGCAGUGGAAAAGCGUUUGUUCAUUGACAGGCGCAUACAGCACAUUGAGAAUGAUAACCUCCAAUUGCUGCAGAAACUAAGAGAAAGGAUGGACAGAGUCAAUGUGAAGCUACCUACCGUGGAGAUCAAGUACAAGAACCUGAAUGUAGGAGCAGAAUGUGAGGUUGUUCAAGGGAAGGCUCUCCCAACUCUAUGGAACUCCUUUUCUAGCUCACUUUCUGGUUUCAUGAAGACUAUAUCGUGUAAUUCUCAAGGAGCAGAAAUAAGCAUUCUGAAUAAUGUGAGUGGCAUCGUUAAGCCAUCAAGGCUUACUCUCCUUCUUGGUCCACCAGGCUGUGGGAAAACAACCCUGUUAAAGGCACUGGCUGGAAAACUAGAGCAGUCUCUCAGGGUUUCUGGAGAAAUCACUUACAAUGGUUACAAGCUAGAUGAAUUUGUUCCUCAAAAAACAUCAGCUUACAUAAGCCAGUAUGACCUGCAUGUUCCAGAGAUCACUGUGAGAGAAACAAUUGACUUUUCAGCUCGCUGUCAGGGAGUUGGAAGCAGAGCCGAUGUAGUGGCUGAAAUCACCAGGAGGGAAAAANAAGAAGGAAUCAUCCCUGACGCAGAUAUUGAUACCUAUAUGAAGGCAAUUUCAGUUGAAGGACAAAGCGAAAAUCUUCAAACAGAAUAUGUUUUAAAGAUUCUNGGACUGGAUAUGUGUGCUGACAUAUUGGUAGGUGAUGCACUAGAUAGAGGCAUUUCAGGUGGACAGAAGAAAAGACUAACAACAGAAAUCCUCCUGGCUAAAGGAUACAUGACAUGCCUCCUAAAUAAUUUCACUGUCAAUCAGAAUAUACCUGGGGUGCCAAAGAUCAUGGACAAUUAUAACCCUGCAACCUGGAUGUUGGAAGCUACCUCUGCAUCUGUAGAAGCAGAACUUAAAAUAGAUUUUGCUCAAAUAUAUAAGGAGCCACAUCUUUACCAGGAUACCCUUGAAGUGGUGAGAGCAUUAAGUGAACCAGCACCAGGUUCGAGAGACUUACACUUCUCAACUUGUUUCCCACAAAAUAGCUUGGGACAGUUCAUGGCAUGCCUAUGGAAGCAACACUUGUCCUAUUGGAGAAGUCCUGAGUACAACUUAACAUGUUUUAUAUUCAUGAUCGUUUGUGCAAUAGUAUUUUGGCAGAAAGGGAAUGAAAUAAACAAUCAGCAGGAUUUGUUCAAAGUACUUGGAUCCAUGUAUAUUGCUGUAAUAUUCUUGGCAAUAAGUUACUGCUCGACAAUUCUGCCAUAUGUGGCUACUGAGCGUGCUGUCUUGUACCGAGAAAAAUUUGCUGGCAUGUAUUCCUCCACUGCUUAUUCAUUUGCACAGGUGGCUAUUGAAAUACCAUAUAUCUUAGUGCAAUCAAUUUUAUAUGUGGCCAUCACAUAUCCAAUGAUAGGUUUCCAUUGGUCAGUUCAGAAAGUGUUUUGGUACUUCUAUACCACAUUCUGUACAUUUUUGUACUUUGUAUAUCUUGGAAUGAUGGUAAUGUCGAUGAACGCCAAUCUCGACAUAGCUUCUGUUUUGUCAACUGCGAUCUACACCAUAUUCAAUCUCUUUUCUGGAUACCUCAUGCCAGGACUGAAAAUUCCUAAAUGGUGGGUUUGGUGCUACUGGAUUUGUCCUACUGCUUGGUCCUUGAAUGGCCUCCUAACUUCACAAUAUGGAGAUUUGGAGGAGAAGAAGGUAACCGUCUUUGGGAAGCACCAAUCAGUUGGUUCCUUUUUACAUGAUUACUAUGUUUUUUGGCAUGACAGAUUAAACAUUGUGGCUGUGGUGCUCAUUGCUUACCCUAUUGUUUAUGCUUCUCUGUUUGCCUAUUUCAUAAAGAAAAUGAAUUACCAAAAGAGAUAAGACAGAUGCAGACACGGAUACAUAUUUGUUUCUUCUGCAGUGUGGUGGCUUCAAUUUUCAUGUAUAGAAAUAUAGAAACCUGUGGUUACAUAGAUUAGCAAGAUGUCUACAGCAAGAUAUUCUCAUAUGUACCAUGUAAUGUUCAAAUUUGUUUUAUUUGUUUUUAUAGUUUAAUGUUGGUUCUGUAGAUCCCUGCAGAAAGUGUAGGAAAACGAAAAUGGUGAAAAGAAGUUCUAUAUUGAACCUUUCUACCAGGGGCUUACAAAACAAGUGAAAGUGAUAAAGGUUUAUGGGGCAUAUUUUUUCAGGAAAAGCUGUAGUGAUAAACAAUAUUCAAGUUGUACAAGUUAAAAUAACACUUUUUAAUUAGUAGAAAAUUG